CGCGUGGAUCUUGCAAGUUUAGGAGGCACCUUCUUCUUUCAAGUUCCCAAGUUGGAUGGGAAGACUCAGAAGUGUCUUCUGUAUCUGUGACAGACUGUGGAGUCCGAAUUAAAGCGACGGACCACGGAGACAGGCAAAGCCUCUAGGGGGCCAUGUCUGGUGGCAGCAGUGCUAACAACAGCUGGACCAUCCUCACUCCUGAGGAAACCGCCGCUGAAACCCUGAGGCCUUUGGCAGAGGGGAAGGAGCAUCAUGAAGAAACCCUUACAUCUGCAGCAGGUUCUGGGGAGAACCAGCCUGCAAGUGGUGCAGAGUCUGCAGAGGGGCUCCCUGUGCAGGGCCACCUGGUCUCAGAAGAAAAAACAGCAGAGCUAAGUGGAGACACAAGCACAGGGCAACACGCCUCUGUGCCCAGUGCCAUCACUAAUGCUCCUGUUCCGACCACUCUGGAAGUGUCCAGCAGCUUUGUCCCUGGCACUGAUGCACUCAGCCAGUCACAGGGCCUACCUGAGGGCCCGGCACAGCCCAGCCCUGACCCUGAUUCAUUUUCUGACUCCUACACCCACAUAACCCCCUCCCCUGAUGAGCCCCCAGCCUCACUGCUGAGCACAGAGACUCUGGGAGGGGUGGAGUUUACAGAAGAAGAGGAAGGGCUCAAACAGGAAGGACAACUGCAUCCGCUACAUGAGGAGGAGCUACAACAGGAAGUGGAGGAGUCAGACCUGUCUCAGAGGACAACUGACGUAGGGAAACAGGCAGUGUACUUGGUGGACCAGCUGGUAAUGGAAUUGUUCUGUAUCUGGGCCAGGAGGUUGUCUGGAGAGGUUGUGGUUGACUCCCCUGUGGAUUUAGAGGUGGGUGAAGAGAGGACUGAGAAGACAGGAGAGGAGGGAGAGCCAGAGGUGAGGAGAAGGAGGUCUCUCUUAGCCGCUCUGGAGCGUAUCGGAAGGACAGAUGAGGAAGAGGAAGGAGAGGAAGAGUUUCAGCUGCCACAGCGGGAGGACGACAGCGGGUUCUCUGUGAACAAGUGCAUCCUGGGUGCUGUCAUUCUGUUAGGCCUCGGCACCAUCUUUUUCUCAGGUGUCUUCAUGGACCUAAAUGAGGAGAGUGACUAUGGUACGAUGGAAGUGCAAGACGCAGAGUUACCAGUAAAACAGGAGUGGCUUAAUCCAGAAGUUCCUCCACCCCCAGUAGAUGCUGAUAGUACAGAGCUUCUAAAUAAGUUAGUCAAAGGGAACCAGCAGAUUUCUGUGCUACAAGCCCAACUUCAGGCACAGAAAGAAGAGCUAAAAGUAGCCGAGGGACAGGCAGCAGAGGGAGCAAAGGAGCGGCUGCAGUGGGAGGAGGUGGAGAAGGAAAACAGUAGGUUGAAGAAAGAGGUGGCAUCUCUCCCUGUCCUUCAGAAAGAGAACGAGAGGAUGAAGAGAGAGCUGGAGUCUGUCCCGGCCCUACAGAAAGAACUAGAAACACUGAGGGCCACUGUGACUGAAUUAAAACUCUCCUCAGCAGCCAGUGAAGCAGUUCAAGCACCUGUGAAGCCCACUACGUUGCCCCCCAGUGGCCAGCCAGAGGACAGCACACAGGCCACAGCUGGAUCUGCAGAGAGACAGCCUAGGAAGCCAGACCAGAAGGAGAAAAAGAAAGAUGUGAAGAUGGAUAAAAAGGACAUGGGAGAGAAGAAAGAGGGGAAAGUGAGAGACACAUCUGAAUGGAAGGAAGGAGAGAAAAAGGAGCGCAAGGAUGGAGGCAAAACAGAAUGGAAAAAGGGAAAGCAUGAGCAAGGAAAGUUUGACAAGGAGAAAGAUAAGGAAGGUAAGCAAAAGAAGCACAGUGAUGAGACAAAACAAUGGAAGGAUAAGGAGUGGAAGAAAGAAAAGGCAAGCAGAGGUGAUGAAGGAAAGCCAUGGAAGGAAAGGGAAGGGAAGAAAGAUCGGAUAGAAAAGAGUGAAAGAAAAGAAUUGAAGGAGGAGAAAGGCUGGAAAAAGUCACAGCAUGAAAAAGUGAAUGAGGGUAAACAAUGGAGGGGUAAGGAGGAGAAGAAGGAUUGGAAGGUAGGAAAAGACCACGGAGAAAAGCAUGUGGGUAGGGAAUGGAAGGGAGAGAGAGAAUGGAAGAAAGGAAAAGAUGGCAAUCAGGAAAGUGGCAAAGAGAAAUGGGAGAAAAAAGAUUGGAAAGAGAAAGGUGAAAAGAAAGAGUGGAAGAAAGACCAUGAAUGGAAGAGUGAAAAAAGCAAAGAUCAUAGUAAAGAAGGGAAAGGAAGGGGUGAAAAGAAACAGUGGAAAGAGAGCGAAAAUCAUGGCAAAGAAAGGAAGGGGAAGGAUGAGAGGAAACCAGGGAAAGAGAACGGGUGGAAGAGUAAAAAUGGUAAAGAUGAUAAGGAGUGGAAGAACAUGGAUGAGAGGAAACAGUGGGAAAAGAAAGAAGGAGGACAGAAAGAAAAAAAACUCAAUGGCGAUUGGAACAAAGACCGAUCAAGCUCCCCAAAACACAAAGACGAGGACAAAUUUACCGGUAAUCACGAACACAAGCAAGAGCAUCUGUGGGGAGACAAGAAUCCUCCUCACGCACACCGCCGACCCUCCAUGGAGCAGCCUGAGUACUGGGUCCAGCAGCGAGACCGCCUCCAGCACAACCCCAAACCACCACAACACUGUAACUCGUUGGAGACCUGUGCCAAGACUGAGGGUCUUCUCCCUGUCCCCUUCCCUGAGUUCGAGGCCAUCCUCCAAACGUACCUAGCCAAGGCAGAGGAGGUGGGGGUGGAUGCAUCCAAAAUAGAAGAGCUCAAAAAGCUAGCCAAUGAGUUCUUCAAGGACGGAGUCUUCGUUCACGACAAGAUGAGCUUUCAAGAUUUCGUCGAAGAUUUGGGAGAUGUUUUGGAAGACAUGGUGGAAGGAGAUAGCGAUGACGAAGAGGAGGAUAGCGCCUUAGAAGAAGAAAUGGAAGGGUUUGAAAAAGAUGUCAUGAAAAGGUUUUCACUGCCUGGAGCCAGAGAGAAAGAGGAGAGAUCCAAAGGGGAGUGGAGGAAGGAGAGCGGAAGGGCACGGGGCUGAUGAAGCGAUAGAACUGAUGGAUCUGUUCAAAGUAGCUAAGAGCUGUCAUGACGGAUGAGGGCUUAUUCAAAGAGAACAUUUUAUAAUGGACCACAAAUGCUUACAGGUAUACACAGUAUGUCACCCUGUUAUCCUUUUUACAGGAUCUUAUUUUACCCCUUCCGUCUGCAAGUUCAGUUUAUAAUUUAAUUUCACUGUGGUGGGUCAUUUUCUACUUUACUUAUGCACAUGCACACACAUGGAAAUUACUUUAGGACAUUAGUAUACCAUUUGCAUACGGGAGAUUAAACCUGUUAGAUUGAGUUGGAUGGUACUCUGCUUUGACUCUCAUCCAGGAAUAGAUGCUGUAUAGUCUUAUUCACACACUACACCUCUUCCUCUGCAAACAGCACUGUGCACUGUUGAUGCCUACCUAUUCACUGAUCAGGACUGUUUCUGCAGUACUUAAUCUUUAUGUAUUAACUGCUUCAGCCUGUCUCUUAAAUUCAGAAUAGCUUUAGAUAAAACAAACAAGUUUUUCUAAAGGGUGAAGUGAACAUGACCUGCUGAAAAAAAGUUUAGUGAAUAUUUUAUGUGAAAUUAGACUGCAUUGACUUUGUUUUGAAUGUUUGUACAUAUUGCAUCAGAUGUGUUAAGAACUAUGCUGAAAUGCAGAAAUAUAUAAUUAACUUAUUUUAUAGAGGUUGGCAUAAUAUAAAUAAACAAACAGUUGGCACAUAAAAUACCGACAUGUUGAGCAUGUGUGUUUCUUUUCAGGUACAGAACUCAUGUUGUGCACUAAAAUGUCCUUAAUUAUUGUUUUAUCGUGAAAGUAGCAAUUGCUUUUUAUUGAUUAGGUUGGUCAUGGCAAAUAGUUUCCAAAAACAGUAUGUUUUCUUUCUUUCCUGUUUACACGCUAACUUAUGAAAUGUUGCUGAUACAAGGGCCUUCAGCCACACAGAGAUUGUAUUUUAGAAGGUUUUAAUGCAGAACCACAUACUGUGCGGCAGCAAAGAGAGCUUUGUAUGAUUAGGAUGUUCAUGUUUGCCACUAUUACUGUCAUGAGAGCAGAAUAAUAAAUUGGGUGCAUCCCUGUAAUAAAAUAA